AUGCCUCCCAAGAAGGCUUCCGCUGCCUCCACGGCUACUGCUGCUAAGCCAGCCAAGACAUCUGCUGCUGCCAUCAAGAAGGCUCCAGCUCAAGCUAAGAAAGCUGCCCCCAAGAAGGCCGCUGCUACUUCUACUGGUACUUCCACCAAACCCAUUGCCAACUCCUCCAGAAAGCGCAAAGCCCAGUCUGAGGUCGCGCCCCCUGCAAAGAAGAAGUCUAAGACCUCUGCCAUAGCUACGAAGAGAGCCACUGCCCCUGCCAAGAAGGCCAUCGCCUCGAAGACCUCUACCCCUGCCCCCGUCGAUGACGACAAAGAGAACCUGAACCCCUCUGGCGCGAAGGCGAAGGCGAAGCGCAAGCGAACCGAAGAGGCCGAAGACGUCGAGGAUCAGGUCGAAGCUCCCGCCCCGAAGAAGGCGAAGCCUGCUGCCGUGAAGAAGGAGGCUGCCCCAAGAAAGAUUGCGGUCCCCAAGAAGGUGUGGCCCAAGAUUGGCGUCAAGAUCAACGAAGCCCCUCCUGCCCCCCUCGAUGUCUACGUAUUCGGCGAGGGAAGCUCUGGUGAGCUCGGCUUGGGAAGCAAACGAGGUGCCGACGGCAAAAAACCUAUUGACGUGAAGCGCCCUCGUCUCAACCCGAACCUGUCUGCGAAGGAUAUUGGUGUGGUGCAGAUUGCUUGUGGUGGCAUGCACGUGGUUGCCUUGACAAAGGACAACAAAAUCCUGACCUGGGGCGUCAAUGACCAGGGCGCUCUUGGGCGUGACACUAACUGGGAUGGUGGUCUGCGUGACGCAGAUGCCGAUGACAGCGACGAAGAUGACGAGGAUGAUACGGGCGUGAACCCUAAGGAGAGCACUCCCGCUGAGAUCGACACAUCUGGCAUUGCUCCAGAUACCAAGUUUGUCCAGGUCGUUGCGAGCGAUAGCGCUAGCUUUGCGCUCACCGAGGAUGGCCGAGUUUACGGAUGGGGUACCUUUAGAGCCGCUGAUGGCAUUCUCGGAUUCUCUCCUACCAUCCUGAUCCAAAAGAAGCCGGUUCUUCUAUCAGACCCAAAGAAGAUUGUCCGACUUGCGGCUGGCUCUAACCACAUUAUGGCCCUGGACAACAAGGGUAAGAUCCACACCUGGGGCACCCCCGAGCAGAAUCAGCUCGGUCGUCGUUGCGUCCAGCGUGAUAUCAAGGACUCCGCGCUGCGCCCUGGUGGAAUAGCAUUCAAGCGAGGCACAGUCAUCGAGAAGAUCGCUUGCGGAUCCUACCACAGCUUCGCUAUCGACAAGGAUGGCAAGGUCUACGCCUGGGGCUUAAACAAUUUUGGCGAGCUUGGCAUUGACCAUGGCGCUGGCGAGUCUGACGCUGUUGUGCUUGAGCCUACCCACAUCGAGUCACUCUCCAACCAUAAGAUCAUUGAGAUCGCUGGGGGAGAGCACCACUCCCUUGCCUGCACUGAGGACGGCAAACUCAUCACCUGGGGCCGUAUCGAUGGCAACCAGACAGGUCUUGCUCGAGACAAGUUUACAGAGGAGAACACUAUUUUCGACGAGCACCAAAAGCCCCGUAUCCUGAAGCUCCCCACCGUGGUAGAUGGUCUUCCGUCUAUCGUGUCCGUUGCUGCUGGCACUGACAACAGCUUCGCCAUUACUGCCGAUGGAAAGGCAUACUCCUGGGGCUUCUCUGCCAACUACCAGACUGGGCAGGGUACUGGCGAUGACAUUGAGACGCCAACUCACAUCGACAACACCGCCGUGCGAGGCAAGAAGCUCGUCUACGCCGGCGCUGGCGGCCAGUACUCCAUUCUGGCCAGCAUUGCUGAAGGCCCCGCGGUCAACGGCGUUUAA